GUUAACAAUGGUGUUCAAUCCAUCAUUCUAUAGUUCUUCCUCCCUUACUAUAAAUAACGCCAAAUCCCCAACUCUUUCUCCACAUCCACACACAUUCUUCUCAACAAGCACUCCUUCUCAUUGUCACCAUUAUUUCAGGCACAAAUCUAAUACUCUCCUUCUUCAUCCAACAAGAAUAACAGCAUCAUCUUCUUAUCCUUUUUCGCCAAUUAGAACACACACACAUUCUUCUUCUUUUAAGACAAGGUACCAGGAAGCAGAGGUAGAGGAAAUGACGAUCAAACCGACGGUUCGGGUUUCGGACCGGAACCUGAUCGUGAAGGACCGGACCAUUCUCACGGGGGUGCCGGAAAACGUCAUUGAGACGUCAGCGGUGUCGUCCGGCCCCGUGGAUGGAGUGUUCCUUGGAGCGCAAUUCGAUCAAAACGACAGCAGCCAUGUCGUUUCGAUCGGCUCCUUUAGGGACAUUCGUUUCAUGGCGUGCUUCCGCUUCAAGCUAUGGUGGAUGGCUCAGAAGAUGGGAGACAAAGGAAGAGACAUUCCAUUGGAAACUCAAUUCCUUCUCGUUGAGACCAAGGACGGUUCCCACCUCGAAUCCGACGACGGCGACGAGAAUAACCAGAUCAUCUACACCGUCUUCCUCCCUCUCAUUGAAGGAAGCUUCAGAGCGUGCCUUCAAGGCAACGACCGCGACGAGCUCGAGCUUUGCAUCGAGAGCGGCGAUUCGUCGUUUAGCCACGCGCUCUUCAUCAGUGCCGGCACCGACCCCUUCGCCAUCGUCCACGACGCAUUCAAGGCCGUGAAGAAUCACCUGAAUACUUUCCGCAUGCGCCACGAGAAGAAGCUUCCAGGAAUCGUGGAUUUCUUCGGGUGGUGCACGUGGGACGCUUUCUACCAGGAGGUGACGCAGGAAGGCGUGGAGGCCGGGAUCCAGUCCCUGGCGGCGGGAGGUGCGCCGCCGAAGUUCGUUAUCAUCGACGACGGGUGGCAGUCCGUGGGAGGUGACUCGCAUGAGGCGGCAAACUCAUCGGUGAAGAGGCUGACAGGAAUCAAAGAGAAUGAAAAGUUUCAGAACAAAGAAGAUCCGAAAUUAGGGAUCAAGAGCAUUGUGGAUAUCGCCAAGAAGCAGCACGGGCUCAAAUACGUCUACGUUUGGCACGCUAUUACUGGUUACUGGGGCGGAGUCAGGCCCGGUGUGAAGGAGAUGGAGGAGUACGGGUCCGUCAUGAAGUACCCGAUGGUGUCCAAAGGUGUGGUGGAGAACGAGCCCACGUGGAAGACUGAUGCCAUGGCCGUACACGGCUUGGGCCUGGUCAACCCCAAGAACGUCUUUACUUUCUAUGACCAGUUGCACAGUUAUCUGGCGUCUGCGGGUAUUGACGGCGUUAAGGUGGACGUGCAGUGCAUAUUAGAAACCCUUGGCGCGGGCCUGGGCGGAAGGGUUGAGCUCACUAGACAAUACCAUCAGGCCCUGGACGCUUCAAUCGCCAGAAACUUCCCUGACAAUGGAUGCAUCGCCUGCAUGAGCCACAAUACUGAUGCGCUCUACUGCUCGAAACAGACGGCAGUGGUGAGGGCUUCGGAUGAUUUCUACCCGCGGGAUCCGAUUUCGCAUACCAUACACAUUGCGUCUGUGGCGUACAAUAGCAUCUUCCUUGGAGAGAUUAUGCAGCCAGAUUGGGACAUGUUCCACUCUCAACAUCCUGCAGCUGAGUAUCAUGGCUCGGCCCGGGCCAUAAGCGGUGGGCCCAUUUAUGUUAGUGACGCUCCAGGAAAGCACAACUUUGACCUCUUGAGAAAGAUGGUGUUGCCAGAUGGAUCUGUGUUGCGGGCCCGUCUACCUGGAAGGCCCACCAAAGACUGCUUGUUCACGGACCCGGCCCGUGAUGGGGUAAGCCUGCUGAAGAUAUGGAACAUGAACAAGUGCGGUGGGGUGCUUGGAGUGUAUAACUGCCAGGGAGCAGCAUGGAGCACCGUAGAGAGGAAGAACGCGUUCCACCAAACAACGUCCGAUGCCAUCACUGGAUAUGUUAGAGGCCGUGAUGUCCACCUUAUCUCGGAGGCUGCUGCCGCCGCUGGUGACGCCGAGUGGAAUGGUGAUUGCGCCCUCUAUCGCCACCACUCCAAGCAGCUGGUGGUGCUUCCUUACAAUGUGGCUCUGCCAGUAUCCCUGAAGGUGUUGGAACACGACGUGUUUGUUGUAAUGCCUGUGAAGGUUUUGGCUUCUGGGUACAGUUUUGCUCCUCUUGGGCUCAUUGAAAUGUUCAAUGCGGGAGGGGCCAUUGAGGAACUGGCCUAUGAGGUGAAAGGCGGAGACGGUGGGUUGGUUGGGGUGGUUCGGAUGGAGGUUAAAGGGUGUGGCAAGUUUGGGGCUUAUUCGUCGACCAAACCAAAGAGGUGCGUGUUGGGAACAAAUGCUGUGGAUUUCGAGUAUGACAGUGAUUCUGGGUUGGUGACUUUCAACAUUGAUCAUUUGCCAAAGGAGGGACAAAGCACUCACCAUGUUGUGGUGGAGCUAUGAGUCUUGUUCUGUUUUGUUGGCAGUUUAGCUAGGUUAUAUCAUACAUAUGGAAUAUUUGAAGAGAAUUCUGAGGGGGUGUAGGAAUUUGUUUUGCUAGAUAUAGAGAGGAUAGUGUUGUAAUUGUAACAAGAACUCCCCCCUCAUUUCCCAUUCAUCGUUAGUUAGAAGCUGUUGGCUAUGCUUUCGAAUUUGGAUGGAAAUAAAAACACAUGUUUCUAUAUGCUUACUUCCUUCUUUUUGAUUC